UGUGUCAGUUCAGUAUUUUUGAGAUGUGUUUUUUAUCUAAUAACUAUCAUGAUUUUUAUUACGGGUAGGCUAGCUUAAGAAUCUAUUCGGAGUGAAUUUUGACAACUCCGUAGUAAUGCACCUGUUGUAUGCAAAUAUUAAGACUAUGAGGGAAUUUAAGACACCUUUAAGACUCUUCAAUGGCUAGGAUUUAAGGACAGUGUAAACAAUAAGGGAGCGAACAAGCCAUGUUUGGCGGAAGCGGCAGAAGUAAAUCACGUACAAAGAUGGAGAAACUGUUUCGUCAAGACCAUAGCGAUGUGUACUUCAACAAUGAACGCUUAAACGAAGACUUAAAUGGCAAAAUCGAUGAGAUGAAGAAAGACAUGUACCGACAGGAGAUGCGGCGCCUCACAGAAAUUAAGCUGUUGCAACAGGAAAUCAAAGAGGGACAGGAGCGUGCACUGCUGACAACGAAGGUGGAGACCGGAGAUAAUGUGCCGCUCCGGCCACACACCGCAGCGGGGAUAUCCGGAAGCUUACGGACAAAAUCAUCGCGACCAACGAACCGGAAGCGAGCACAGUCAGCCUGGGCGAGAACUGGGUCGGGGGAGAAGAAGGAGCGAGCAGAAGACGAAAAACCGGAAGAAGUGAGAAGUCCGUCACCCGCAUCUACGGUCUCCACUCUCAGAAACACCCGGACGUUAAAACGGUACCAGAACAUUGGCGCCCAGCGUUUCAAAGAAAACGGUCGUUUUCCUGAAGAGUGGUACAUAAAAUGCAUCCCUGCCUCGGAUGCCUCCGUUCACAAUGCGCGUAUGCAGUUUAACAAAAAGAAGGCACCUUCACCGUUUAAUUUCCUAGCUAAGAUCCGUGAGCACGAAAUGACGGAGAAAAAGUUAAAGGAAUACACUGCAAAUGUGAAAAUUGCCAAAAAUGGCGCCGAAAACAAUGAAGACGAAAUCGAUGGUAAUCAGAUGAUCUUGAUGUGCGAGGAGCCGGUUAAACCGGUUCAAACAGGAUUGUCUCGGAGACAGUUGAGAAAAAUUGCAAAUGAUACUAAAAUAGAACGUGGACCAAGUAGAAAUACGGAGAAACGUUUGGCUUUGGUAGCAAUAAAUGAACAGGAAAAUAAGAAAAUAUUUGACAAAGUCCGAGUGUUUUGUAAGAAAAUUGAGGAUCUCAAAGCAAGAGAAAUUAGAAAAUUACGUGAACGAGAAGAGGCGAGAAAGCGCGAGGAAGAAGAGAGGGCCUACCAUGAAGUAAUUGACGAAGCUUUGAAAGAAGAAGAAAAUACACAAUGUAAAUCAGACGAAUAUAGAUAGUGAUUAAGUGUAUGUGACAAGUCUAAAGAGGAAACCUAUCUGUGAAAUGUUUUUUUUAACCGGUACAUAUUCUUUUUGCAUUUGCUUUUUUUCUGGUUACCACGAAACGUUCUUACACAGAUUAACGAGGCUUCUCUUUAAGCGAUCGUUGUUAUGUUGAAGAAGUACACUUCCAAUGCUUUAAACCCCAACUGCACAUUAACCUAUUCGGGAUUGCUCGCACGUUUUGGGGAUAAAAGGAUAAAAUGUGCAAACAUUCAGGGCGGCCGCAUGGAUGGCGUCGUUAGCACACGCGCACCAUUGCGUUCUUUCCAUACCAUAGGGCACAUCGGGAGAAGUGUUAGCGCGGAUGUUACUGACCGUUUAUUCGUUGAUACAUCGUUAACAGCAUCACACGGGCUGCCAAAGCAUUUGAACGGCUGUAGUACGUUUAUUGGACAAACUCUCCGGACCUUAAAACGUUAUGGCACCUGUAUGAUUUCCAAGAUCUUACGAUAUCCGGGCGAGUUUCUCACAACCCCCGUACAACAUGUAAAACGGAAAAAAAACGGAAGGGGCGUCGCGGGUCGCCGUGCAUCGCCCGUGUAAUUAUUCUGCUGUACCCUUACGGCUUAUAUUGUACACUAGACUAAAUAGUCCGAUACAGGAUUUCUAUAUAUUACAUACCCAAUGCUACUUAGUUUUGAAAAGAGGACUAUCUAUAUGAAAGAGCGGACACUUCUGUUGUCAAACUGUAGCGUUCGUUAAUUUUGGAUUCAUCUAAUAUUAGAGUUUAAUAAAUCAUAAUCAUACAUCUAACCUGCAAAACUGUUGUUAAAUUAUUGAUAUAUAUCCUAUAAACUUACCACUUUUAAAGAC